AUGGCUCCACGCAAUUCCCAAGGACCACCCGCAGCUUCUCCCCACCCCCUGAUCGUCAAGUUCCUGCUCGCUCAACUCACUUCCAUGUGCUCUCUUCUCCUCGCUCUGGUCCCCCCAUCCCCCGCAGCUUCCCCCCAUGCCUCCGCGCUCUACAUCGUCCGCCUGCGCUCCGCGCCGCCCGUCGCUUCGUACCGCGGGGGAAUCCCCGGCUUCCCGGCAACGGCCGUGUGGGACAGCGACCCUAACGGCAACGCGAGAGAUGCGACGGCAGAUGACCCUAACGGCAGCAACUCGCCAGGCGCCGCAUCAGGCAACGACACCAGCGAUGGCGUUGGCACUGCGUCUGGUGCUUCUGUCACUGCUGCUGCUGCGGCUGCUGCCACCACCAGCGGUUCAGGAGGGACCAGCCGUCGGCUGCGGCGGCGGCGGGUCAACGUGAGGGCGCCAGGCGUGAGGUCGUUCAAGCAGCUGCUGCAGCGCAUGCAGCAGGCCGUGCUGAGAGACAGCGGGGUGGACGCGGGGAAGAUUAUUUAUAGCAGCACGCUCCCAUCGGGGUGGUCAGGCACGUGUCCCACUACAAGCGACUUCGCUUGUAACAACAAGAUCAUCGGAGGGGGCGUGUUCCACGAGGAUGUUGGGGACGUGGACCUCACUGUUGACUGGCUGUCCCCGCGGGAUUCGCAUGGCCAUGGCACGUGGUGUGCCGGCCGCUCCUUCCCUGUCAGAGCGGCAGCGGGCAACAGUGGAAUUGAAGUUUCUGGCGUUGCCACCAUCAGUGGCAUGGCUCCCCGGGCACGCCUGGCCAUCUACAAGGUGUUCUGGCACUGGCCUAGAGAAUUCAACUACAGCGACACAUACACUACAGACGCAAACGUCCUGGCAGCCGUUGAUCAGGCCGUGGCGGACGGUGUGGAUGUGCUCACCUUGUCGAUGGACGGGAACUCUGGCAACGACGGCAAGGAUCGGACCUACUUUGACGAUGUGCCUUUCAUCAGCGCCCUUGCGGCCGGAGUGACGGUGGCCUUGGCUGUGGGCGACGGUGGGAAGCCCAUGUUCCAUUACUCGCUCGCCACAGCCCUCCCCAUGGUUCCCAAAUGGUCCUCUACCGGCCCUCUUGCCGCGUCCGGCUGUACGUACUGCCAACCGUGGAAUCCCCGCGCAGCCAACACCAUUCUCAAGCCGGACCUCAUAGCGCCGGGAGUUAACAUCCUUGCGGCUGCACCUGGGGCGAGCGUCGGCGAGACGGGGUCGUUCAUGGCUCGUAAGAGCACGGCCGUGGCGGCGGCGCAUGUUGCCGGUGUGGCUGCUCUGAUCAUCCAGCAGCAUCCUGAUUGGUCGCCCGCGCAGAUCAUGUCUGCCAUGAUGACGAUAGCUGGCAGCACUGACAACAGCAACAGAGUGAUUCGGAAUGUGAACGGCAAGCCGGCAACGCCGUGGGAGAUGGGAGCGGGGCAUGUGUUUCCCGCUAGGGCGUUUGACCCCGGGCUGACCUACAAUGUCGGGGAGCAAGAUUUUCGCAACUUUCUUGCUGGGCUGAGCAUGUCAAUGGCUCGGACGGCGUUCGGACAGGUGCAACUGAAACCUGUUCCACCUAGGCACCUUAACCGGCCUUCUAUCUCGCUGGUCAACAUAAGGAAUAAACUUGUCGCUAGGCGGACUGUGACGAGCGUGUCUGACAGCCCAUCGACCUACAGGGUGAGGAUCAAGGCCCCCAAGUCAGUGAGAGUGAGAGUGGUGCCAUCGCAGUUUACCAUAGCGCCGGGGCAACGGGUCAGUUUCAAGGUGAAGGCUGUGGUGAGGAAGAAGUUUAAGAGAUUUAAGUACGGCAGCCUCACGUGGGUGGAUGACAAGGGGCAUUCUGUGCGGUCGGUUCUUGUUCUCCAUUGCAAACCUACUUGCUUGAUCUCUGGUAGCAUGUGGUGUGCAUGA